AUGUUGCGUCUAACAGCAAGGCCUCUGCCGCUGGUGCCUCCACCACCUGGGCCUCUACCGCAUGGGCCUCUGCCGCUGCCGCUGGUGCCUCCGCCGCCAGAGCCUCUUCACCUUAGCUCCUACCGCCUGCGCCUCUGCCACUGCCGCUGGUGCCUCCGCCGCCAAAAUCUCUAACGCCUGGGCCUCUGCCGCUGCCGCUGUACAACCGCCGCCUCAGCCUUUGCCGCCUGGUCAUCUGUCCCUGAUGCUGGUGCCUCAGCCUCUGUCACCUUGGUCUCUGCCGUUGCCGUUGGUGCCUCCGCCGCCAGAGUCUCUACCGCCUGGGCCUCUGCCGCCGGCCGCUGGUGCCUCCACCGCCAGAGUCUCUGCCGCUGCCGUUCGUGCCUCUGCAGCCAGAUCCUCUAGGGCCUGGGCCUCUGCCCCUGCCGCUGGUGCCUCCGCCACAAGAGCCUCUACCGCCUGGGCUCUGCCGCUGCUGCUAGUGCCUCCAUUGCCUGAAUCUCUACCAACUGCGCUUCUGCCGCUGGUUCCUGCUGCUGCCUCUGGUGCCUGGGCCGCCUGAGCCUAUUCCGCCUGGGCCUCUGCCGCUAUUGCCUCCACUGCCAUUACAUCUACAACCUUGUCCGUUGCCGCUGGUGCCUCUGCUGCCUCAGGCUCUUCCACCUGCGCCUCUGACGCUGCCGCUGAUUCCUCCGUCACCAAAGUCUCUACUGCCUGGGCCUCUGCCGCUGCCGCUGCUGCCUACACCACCAGAACCUCUACAGUCUGGGCUCUGCCUCUGCCGUUGGUGCCUCCAUCGCCUGA